CAUCUCCGUCGCUUUCACCUGUCGAGACCACUCGUAGCAGAGACAUGCGGCCUCGAUGAGGCGCUUCCAUGGUCAGACAUGUAAUCUCGUGCUACCACGGUAAGGCGUACGGCAUAGCCACUGUACUGAGCGGUCAGCCUGGCGGAUGAGCCAACAUCGUGCCACCUUUCAUUUCCGUGAGACUCAUCGCUUAUACUCGGUCAUCCCGAGCUCGAUGGCUAACCUGAACAAAAUUUUCGAAGAUGCCUGCGCUUCAGCUGGUGCGAAAUUGGUUUCCGCGCUCGUCACUGAGCAAGAGCAAUUUCGAUAGGCAUGCCGCGCGACAUCUUUCACAGAGCUCGGCACAGAGCAAGCACGCUCUCAACGAUCCAGCUAUCAGCACGUCAACAACUCCUGCCCCACAGAUCCCAGAUAAUUAUGUGUGGCCAAGUUCAAAGAAGGAUGCGCAGUACUACAAGAGACCUCGGUGUGAGGCCUUGAUUGAAGAUUUGGGCGUUGAUUCGUCGACUGAAUUGCCUAUCCGUGUGCUCGUGGUGCCCGCAUCUGCGCUGCGCUCACUGCAGUCGACAAUUGAGAACUUCUUCAAGAUUGACGACGUCGUCUCUCCCGCGUUUCUUCGGGAUGCUUCCAUCAUCGUUCCAUUCGAUACUCAUACAGCCGAUCACGAGAUUGAAUGCAACUUCCCCGAUGAAUCUUGGCGGCCACAGCAAAUAUUUCGCUCAGCAUUCAUCUCAGAAGUUCCUCCCGGGCCAUACUUCCUGGUCGGCAAGAGACUGCAUCAAGCAUGGAGGUUGUUUCCCGACCAUCUAGACUCAUUCGUCUGCGGUGUUGUACCAAACGACACCAGUCCUGGAGACACGGAAUCACAGAUGUUUGAUACGCUAUGCUUGAGCCUUGGGGUCUUCAAGGCUAUCGCUGUCCCUAGCAGACUAUUCUACCCCAAAACUGCUGACAAGCCGCUCAAUGGCCUUCGGAUCACUGUGAAAGACAAUAUCAAGGUCCGUAAUGUCCAGACUACACAAACAAAUCGAGCCUGGUGUCAAUGGAAGAAAGUGGAGGCGGAAAACGCAUACUUCGUCCAGCAUUUGGUCGAACUAGGCGCUAUCGUGAUUGGCAAGACAAAGAUGUGCUCAUUCGCAUCAUCCGAGGAAGCUACCGAUGGCUGGAUAGAUUUCCAUGCUCCAUUCAAUCCGAGAGCCGAUGGUUAUCAAAGCUCCUCUGGAAGUACGACCGGCGGUGCGACCUCGUUAGCGGGUUAUGAUUGGGUAGAUUUCUCGCUAGGUACUGACACCACAGGGAGUAUUCGAUGGCCAGCCGCAUGGAACGGAGUCUUUGGCUUGAGAUUGACUCAUGAUCCCCUGAAGAUGGCCGGCAUUUAUCCCGCUUGUCAUCCAUUUGACGCAAUCGGAUUCUUGGGUCGAAGUCUUCGAAGUUUGCAGGAAGUCGCAGAGGCAAGUCUUGGUGCAAAGAACCAUGCCGUCACCAUUCCAAGGAGGAUUCUAGUUUCGACCGACUUCCAUCCUUAUGGCGAUCAAUCGUACCAGGCCAUGAUACAAGAAUUUAUAUCCGUGCUUGAGAAAUCUUUGGACAUCAAGAGCACACCCAUCAGCAUCGCAGAUCUAUGGGCAUCGUGUCCACCAGAGCAGGCCGACAGCAAGUCAUUGAAGGACUAUAUCAAAGACACUGCAUUCAAGCUGUUCUAUUUUGAUGGAUUUCGUGAGUUCGCCGACUUCAGGGAGGGCUACCAAGCGCAAUUUAAGAAAAUGCCAUAUGUCGGCCCGUACAUGAGAUGGAAAUGGGAACAAGGGAAGAAUAUUUCCCGAGAAGAUUAUGACCAAGCUCUGGAUGAACUCAAAGUGUAUCAAACCUGGUUUCAGGCGAAUGUGAUGCGCAGUGCUGCCGCGAGUCCACCAGAUACGAUCAUCAUCCUUCCGUGCGGACCCACGGAGCCAAAGUAUCGUGAUGAUCCCAACAAGCCACCAGCGUCAGUGGCUGCUUGGAGCCUAAACUACGUAGCGUCAAUGAUUGGAUUGCCGCAGCUCGUCCUGCCAUGUGAGUCAAGGACACGUCAUAGUGUACAAAUCUGCAAGCCUGACAUAGCGGAAUGUACAGUUGGACAGCUCCCAUAUGAAUCGCGAGUGAGUGGCCGUAGAGAACAUCUGCCGGUGGUAGGAACGAUCAUAGGCCCGAGAGGCAGCGAUCUACACUUGAUCAAGCUCGCAACUGAGGCGUUCGAUCGUGCAGGCUGGCCUACUCAGGUCGAGACAGGUCCGUACGCCUUUCCAUUAGGCGAGAACAUACGCAACGUCAAGGAUCUACUGCCCUCGGCGGCAAGUUGCGAGAGUUUCGCCGACUCCGUGAUGCAGAGUGAGCCCGCUUGCCGUCAUCUGACGAGAGGCGUCUCCGAGUCCCCACCUCGUGAAGCAUCGGUGACGAACUGGAUGUUAGCCGUGUAGAACUCCCCUUGCAUCUACCGUUGAGGAGCGUAAGCCCUCCGGUUCAAUUCGCCCCUCUCCUGACAGAGUAUACGCCAUCUGUCUCAUUGUCAACGGUUCUUGGUGGAAAUUUCAU